UUUGUGCUUCUCAACGUUUCCCUUCACCAAGGGUUGACCUCAACACCGGAUCCCCGGCAACACCCGAACGACAUAUUUUGAGGGAACCAAUCUGCUCUUGUUUCGCUUGCCUUCACGACGGAACCAGGAUGGGGACCCGAGAGGCCAGCCAUGCUGGAUCGUGGUACGAUGACGACGCAGACGUGCUCUCCUCUCAGCUCGACGACUUCCUGAACCGCGUUCCGGCAACCUUGAACAACAACAAUCUUCCGAUUCCCGGUGCUAGGGUGAUCAUCGCUCCACACGCUGGAUACUCGUAUUCGGGGCCCUGCGCCGCCUGGGCGUACAAGGCCCUCGAUCUUCGGUCGGCGAAACGCGUCUUCAUUCUCGGGCCAUCUCACACCUACUACUUGCGAGGAUGUGCCCUCACGACCUUCGACAAAUAUGAAACUCCGUUCGGAGACCUCGUUGUCGACAAGGCCACGACAUCCGAACUCAAGCGAACUGGCCGGUUCUCGAAUAUGCCGCCGGGACGUGACGUUGAUGAGCACUCUCUUGAGAUGCAUAUCCCGUAUCUCUGGAAACGACUGGAGCAGACCUUUGGCAGCGACAGCACUACAUACCCACCCAUCGUUCCCAUACUUGUGGGUGACGGGUCUGAAGAGGAGGAGAAGUCUUUUGGGGAGCUCCUCUCGCGGUACUUGAAAGACCCGGAAACUGCCUGGAUUGUCUCGUCCGACUUCUGCCAUUGGGGGUCACGGUUCAGCUAUCGACCGGAGUUCCACCAGGGCUCGAUUCGGAACCUAGACGCCCCGAGAAGUCAGGGGUCGAAACGCGACGUUGUGCAGGCCGCGCCGGAUUGGAGCAAGGUUGCUGAGGAUCCCGGUGCCCCGCAGAUACACGAGGUCAUCAAGGCCCUCGACCAGAUGGCCAUGGAUGCGGUGGAAUCUGGCACGCACAGCGAGUUCUACAAGGUCAUCCAGGAUACCCACAAUACCGUCUGUGGGAGACAUCCCAUCGGCGUCAUCAUGGCGGCUUUGGAGUUGGUAGCGAAGGAACAGGGACUGCAGGAGGGGAAGGGCAAGUUCAGGUUCAUUCAAUACCAGAGGAGCAACCUGGUCAAGAAGCACUGGGACUCCAGUGUGAGCUAUGCGUCGGCCUAUGCGGUUAUCUGACGAGCCUCGCGGGAUGGAAACAGACCAUGGCGGCGGUUCCUUUUUGCUUCGGCCGAGCGGGCGCCGGUUAGACGGCUCAUAGAGGGCACGGCUGUUCAUGUUCACUACCCUACCUCUACCUCGGCGGGUCACAUUCUCGGAUGAGGUCACAUCGGCCAGGGGUAGAGCUCA